CUAUGUAUUGACAAGUAGCAGUACUGAUAAUUUAUGCUAGUUGACGCGUGGAUGACGCUAGAUGUCACUACAAAUAACUUGAAUUUACUAAUAAGUGAUAAUUAUAAACACCUCAUACAUGGUAAUCAAUGUGUAAACCAGCCACAAUUGUUCUCAUUGACCUUAUGGACUUAUGGAAUAUUAAUAUUAAGCAAGAAAGUGUCGCGUUUUCGUCGAAUGAAUUGUAAAUACAACUCUGGUGAAACAAUCUUAAGUAUUAGUUAAUAGCAAGUUAAUAGUAUCUUAAAAUAGACUAGGGAAAUACGAAGACGCCUGAAGCAGUGCAAGCCAAAAAGUUGUAGUCACUAGAUUUUAAGAUCUACAAGGUUUUACUAAAAAAUCAAAAUAUAGCAAAGACAAUCGACUUUGAUCCUUAAUCGAAAUACAGUUAGGUUGCGGAUGUAGUACGAAAAGGGCUUCGUAUUUUUCCGGAUACGUUCGUAUUUGUCAUGCUAAGUCAACACAUCUUGUACUGAGACUGACUAAAAUAUCAUGAGUCAUGACACGUUCGUACGUUUCCGUAACAAUACGAAGGCAAAUCUUUUCCCACAACAUCUGUACAUUACUUGUCAGAUCCAAACUUCAAACUGCCAUAUCUACUGUAAAACGUGCGAUACAUUAGUAAUGUACUAUUUUUUAACUUCUUGUAAUAUUAGUCGAAAAUUGGUGAGAAUUUGAAACACAUUUUGUCAGACGCGACACCUUUUUUUUAUAGGGGGGGGAAUGCGUUCCGCAUACCACUCGGGUGCGAGGGGGGACCCGAGCGGUUAUGUGGGACUCCCGUAUUGGCUAAUGAGGCCACGGUAUACCCACUAAAAACCCCCCCACAUGCCACCUCGCCGCUUUGUUGGCGGGGUUACCGGAACACUUGCGCUCACAACGGCGACCCCGCCGGCGGCGGCCGCCCACGUGCAGCUCCUACGCGGAUGCCCAACGGCCCUCCACAAUGAGUGCGCCAGAUGUCAGGGCGCACCUUCCUCCUCGGCCACUUAUGGGUACAGUGACAGACCCCCUCGAGUCCGCCACAAAGAGGCCAUGGGCGCCAGAAGAGUUCCGGCGCCCGGCGGCCCCGCCAAGGUCGCAGGGGGUAGGGAGAGUGGCGCACCGCUAUACCAUCACGCCUCUCCCCCUGCGAUCCCACCUCGGCUACCGAGGGAGGGCACAGAGCGGCAUCCCAUACUGCCGGGAUAUCUUCCUUCCCACGGCAGUCCUCCCAAAUGCGUCUCAAGUGGGCUUUACAAGCCCAGUUGGAGCAUCCUCCUCGGGCCAGCUCGCCCAGCAACAAGCCGGCCCUGGGUACCUCUUAGCUUUACCGUGGGUGACCAGUCCACGGUUACUAAGCCCCACCACCACGGCAGGGGCAGACGCGACACCUGUGCCAUCUAGUAUCAAGUAGCCGUAAUUAUAAAUCACCUACUUGUCAAUAGAUGUCGACUACGAAAAUAAUCGCUAAUAUUAUUAUUUGCUACUUUACCGACUACAAUGUUUUGCACAAAUUCACGCUUCUGUGUUCCUUAGUCUAUUGUUAACGUUAGUUCUAAUAGUUCUAACCCAUGACCGUACAAGGACCGUACCGCACUAAGGUCAUCCAAUUACUAUCCUAUCCAGUAAGUGGGUGCGAGAAAGAGUUAUUCUUUUCUCGCUCACACUUAUCUACAGGUGCGGUCAUGUGUAAGCACAGUUAAAAAGUUCAUUUUUCUUUUGAGUCUGAAGACAAAUGAGUUUAUUUUGAUGAUAUCUAAUGACUGUAAUAUAAUAUCUGGACAUAUAUUAGUAGUCAAUAUCUCUAAGUUACACACGUGUCUGUGUGUGAGACUCUCAAUAUGUAUUUAUUAAUAUACUUACAUUUUGUAAGACACUUUAAUUUAGUAUCUCACUGGAAGUACAUAAUAAAUGUUGUACACGAAAA